AUGAGAGCUGCAUUUCAACUUCUCAAGGGUCGGUCGGCGUGGAAGGGGCCUCACGUGGUUCCGUUGCCCAUUGCAAACGCCAUCAAAACCGGCACACCCAUCCGAACAAACGCCAGAAGCUGCACCAUCUUACCCCAGUUUGUGGGCUUGAAGUUCCAGGUGCACAACGGAAAAGAGUAUGUGGAGUUGGAAGUGACGGACGAGAUGGUGGGCUCGAAGUUGGGCGAGUUUGCGCCCACGCGGAAGAGAUUCACCUACAAGUACUCGAAGAACUAG